CGUUUCCGCUCCUUGCACAGAAUUCAAGUCUCGUGCUCUCCACGUUAAGUUUUGGAGUGGGUAACGAAAUAAAAUUAAGAAUUGAUAUAAGAAAUGGGGAAAAAGAAAAGUUCCGGUGGAGGUAGCACUUUAGGCAGAACGCUGAUAAAGCACAAGAAUCUGACAAGCUUCAGUCACCGGAAGACGGGAUCCUGGCUCCAUACAAGUGAACUUAAUGAUGGCUAUGAUUGGGGUCGACUCAACUUGCAGUCUGUCACAGAGCAGAGCUCCAUGGAUGAGUUUCUAGCCACAGCAGAGUUAGCCGGAACUGAGUUUGUUGCAGAGAAACUCAAUAUUAAGUUUGUGCCUGCGGAAAACAGGAGUGGCCUUCUAACAACAGAGGAAAUGAAAAGGAUCCAUACACUUCAGGAGGAGAAUAAACACUUCUUAAGAAUACCACGGAGGCCUUACUGGGACCAGAGUACUAGUGCAGAAGCACUGGAGAUAGCAGAGAGAGAUUCUUUUCUUGAAUGGAGACGAACACUUGCACAGCUUGAAGAACAACAGAAACUAAUCCUUACCCCUUUUGAGCGCAACCUGGAUUUUUGGCGGCAGCUUUGGAGAGUCAUUGAAAAAAGUGACAUUGUGGUUCAGAUUGUUGAUGCUCGAAAUCCUCUGCUUUUCCGAUGCCAGGAUUUGGAAAGCUAUGUCAAAGAAGUGUCGGUGCAUAAAGAAAACAUGCUGCUAAUAAACAAAGCUGACCUAUUAACCCAAGUUCAACGCAGAGCCUGGGCACGUUACUUUGAAAAGGAAGGGAUCCGAGCUGUAUUUUGGUCAGCACUAGCUGAAGCAAAGCGACUGGAGGAUGAAGAGAAAGAAGAAGAAUUGGAAGUAAAUGUAAAGCAGCAAACUGAUUCCAAGACAGACACCUCUGAAGAUGACGACCAAGAUAAUAUUGCUCAUAUUGGGAAUGACCAAGAAAGUCUGACAAAAACUAAUAGUACUGCAAGGGUGUGCCAAGAUGAGGAGGAGAGUGACCAAAGCAGUGACAUUUAUGAGGACUGUGAAGAUGAGGAUGAAUGGAAGACAUGUUCUGAAGAUGAGAAUUCUGAAGGCUCAGAGUUCUGUGAUGCUAAUGAUUUUUCUUGCAAAAAAACAAUUAAGAAUUCCAGUCAUCUCCUUCACAAAGACGAGCUUUUAAAAGUGUUCAGAGCUGCUCAUUCUGGUCCUUGUGUUAAAGAGGGACACAUUACAGUGGGCCUGGUGGGUUACCCAAAUGUUGGAAAAAGUUCCACAAUCAAUACAAUUCUGCGAAACAAGAAAGUUUCUGUAUCAGCUACUCCAGGACACACAAAACACUUCCAGACACUCUUUGUGGAGCCUGGUUUAUGUCUCUGUGACUGUCCUGGACUGGUGAUGCCAUCUUUUGUGUCCACAAAAGCUGAAAUGAUCUGCAGUGGGAUCCUGCCCAUAGACCAAAUAAGAGAUCAUAUGCCACCCAUAUCUUUGGUUUGUCAGCAUAUUCCUCGGCAUGUCCUAGAAGCAACCUACGGUAUUAAGAUAGUUCAUCCUAGAGAAGAUGAAGACCCAGAUCGACCACCAACAGCUGAGGAACUGCUUGCAGCUUAUGGGUAUAUGAGAGGUUUUAUGACGGCACAUGGACAACCGGACCAGCCAAGAUCAGCACGCUAUAUCCUGAAGGAUUAUGUUAAUGGUAAACUGCUGUACUGCUAUCCACCACCUCACAUAAAUCCAGCAGAUUUUCAACCCAAACACAGCAGAAUUGAGAAAGAGCUGACUUGUGUAGACAAUGGUUACACGACUGCACAGAACAAGACAAAACCAAUCAACAGAAUUGAGAAUCCUGUAGACAAGAACUUUUUCAGUCAGGAUAAUGUUCGGGCCCUCACUAGAGGUGUUCAGUCAGUAAUGGGCUACCAUCCAGGAGGUCUCUCCAGCUCAACAGCAGCAAACACAACAGAAAACAUCUUGGGUAAACCCUGGAAAAAGCAUGGGAACAGGAACAAAAAAGAGAAGACUCGAAGGCUUAACAAACAUUUGGAUGCAUAGCCUUCAGGUUUUGGAAUCUGAUGUUUCAGAGUUAUGACCAGUAUUGAACAUCUGUAAAUUUUAUAUAUCUUGUACUUUGGACAUGGGUGCACAUAUCCUUUGCACAUUUUUAAUCUAAUUCUACUAUUAGCAUUAUUUAACUUCAAUAAUAAGGGAAAUUGCAAUUUUUGGUACUACUUUGUAACCUUUUACCAGGCAAGCAUAAAACAUGUUGAAAAGAAACAAAAGUAUUUAUUACUGAAUUGCAAACCAAAAUAACAUAUUCAAGUCACAGCUACAUUUUCAGGUAUUAAUGGGAAGACACAUUCUGUUUUCCCUUUUCUGUGAUAGGGAAUUACUUUUAAUUUAAAACUGUUCAAUAUUAUGGUAUUUAGAAAUGUAAGCAGCAAAUUAAUUUUCCAAGCAUCUCAUAAAGCCUUAAUCUGAGAAUGUGGUGCGUUUGGUGUUGUCAAUAGUCAAGCCAGUGGUACUUCUGUUAAACUAUGCCUGAUUGCAAAGCUUGAAAUUCUUACUGUAUAUUCAUCAUCAACUAUUAAUGCAACGAUCAUUACUUUAUGUUUGGGAAGUAGACAACAUUGUUUUCAUAUUGAAUAUGUUUAUAUGGCAGAGUACAUUGUAAUAAAAAAAUUGCAGUAAUAAUUGAGUAAAUUUUAUAGCAAAAGCAGUGUUAAUUCUGAUCCAAUGUAAAUUAAAAAAAAAUAAGAGUACUUUCUUAAUUUUA